CGCAGCCUCAGCAGCAGCAGCAGCAUCCGCGUCGGCAUCGGCAUCGUGGACGCGCUGGGCGGCGGGUCCGAGGCCGGCGUGCGCGGAGGCUGGGCUGCAAGCCUGAGCGGCGGCAGCGGCGCAGCCCAGUGCCCCCCCCCACAGCAGCUACUGCUCUAAGCCAACCACCAGCUCCCUUCCCUUCUACCGGAGGGUGAGUGGAGUCCGGCCGGUUGUGCGGCGCCGAGCCGCGGCGCUGCCAGGAAGAUGGUCCUGGAGCUACGGUUCGUGUGGCCUCUACUCUUCUGCAGUCCCUGCCUGCUCAUCCAGAUCCCCGACGAAUAUGAAGGACACCAUGUGAUGGAACCACCUGUCAUCACAGAACAGUCUGCACGGCGCCUGGUUGUCUUCCCAACAGAUGACAUAAGCCUCAAGUGUGAGGCCAGAGGCAGACCACAAGUGGAGUUCCGCUGGACGAAGGAUGGCAUCCACUUCAAGCCCAAGGAAGAAUUAGGUGUAGUGGUACACGAGGCACCACACUCUGGCUCCUUCACCAUCGAAGGCAACAAUAGCUUUGCCCAGAGAUUCCAGGGCAUCUACCGCUGCUAUGCCAGCAAUAAGCUGGGCACUGCCAUGUCCCACGAGAUCCAGCUCAUGGCUGAGGGUGCCCCGAAGUGGCCAAAGGAGACGGUAAAACCUGUGGAGGUAGAGGAAGGGGAGUCAGUGGUUCUGCCUUGCAACCCUCCACCCAGUGCAGCCCCGCUUAGGAUCUACUGGAUGAACAGCAAGAUUUUGCAUAUCAAACAAGAUGAGCGGGUGACUAUGGGCCAGAAUGGAGACCUGUACUUUGCCAAUGUGCUCACCUCAGACAACCACUCAGACUACAUCUGCAAUGCUCACUUCCCAGGCACCCGUACCAUCAUUCAAAAGGAACCCAUUGACCUCCGGGUCAAGGCCACCAACAGCAUGAUUGACCGGAAGCCACGCCUGCUCUUCCCCACCAACUCCAGCAGUCAUCUGAUAGCCUUACAGGGGCAGCCAUUGAUCCUGGAGUGCAUUGCUGAGGGCUUUCCCACACCCACCAUCAAGUGGCUGCACCCCAGCAACCCUAUGCCAGCAGACCGUGUCACCCACCAAAACCACAACAAGACCCUGCAGCUGCUCAGUGUGGGUGAAGAAGAUGAUGGCGAGUAUACCUGCCUGGCCGAGAAUUCACUGGGCAGUGCCCGGCAUGCCUACUAUGUCACCGUGGAGGCUGCCCCAUACUGGCUGCAGAAGCCCCAGAGCCGUUUAUAUGGACCAGGAGAGACUGCCCGCCUGGACUGCCAAGUCCAGGGCAGGCCCCAGCCAGAGGUCACCUGGAGAAUCAACGGGGUACCUAUAGAGAAGGUGAACAAGGACCAGAAGUAUCGGAUUGAGCAGGGAUCCCUGAUCCUUAGUAAUGUGCAGCCCAGCGACACAAUGGUGACCCAGUGUGAGGCCCGCAACCGGCAUGGGCUCCUGCUGGCCAACGCCUACAUCUAUGUUGUCCAGCUGCCGGCGAGGAUCCUGACAAGAGACAAUCAGACAUACAUGGCAGUUGAGGGCAGCACCGCCUACUUGCUGUGCAAGGCCUUUGGAGCCCCUGUGCCCAGUGUCCAGUGGCUGGAUGAGGAAGGUAGCACUGUGCUUCAGGAUGAACGAUUUUUCCCCUAUGCCAAUGGGACCCUGGGCAUCCGAGAUCUCCAGGCCAAUGACACUGGACGCUACUUCUGCCAGGCUGCCAAUGACCAGAACAAUGUGACCAUUGUGGCUAACCUACAGGUUAAAGAAGCAACCCAGAUCACACAGGGGCCCCGGAGUGCAAUUGAGAAGAAAGGUGCAAGGGUGACGUUCACGUGCCAGGCCUUCUUUGACCCCUCUUUGCAGGCCAGCAUCACCUGGCGUGGAGAUGGGCGAGACCUUCAGGAACUUGGGGACAGUGACAAGUACUUCAUAGAGGCUGGGCGCCUGGUCAUCCAGAGCCUGGACUACAGUGACCAGGGCAACUACAGCUGUGUGGCCAGCACUGAGCUGGAUGAAGUGGAGAGCAGGGCACAGCUCUUGGUGGUGGGGAGUCCUGGACCGGUGCCUCACCUGGAACUUUCCGACCGCCACCUGCUGAAGCAGAGCCAAGUGCACUUGUCUUGGAGCCCUGCUGAAGACCACAACUCCCCUAUUGAGAAAUAUGACAUUGAAUUUGAGGACAAGGAAAUGGCUCCCGAGAAAUGGUACAGUCUGGGCAAGGUGCCAGGGAACCAGACUUCUACCACCCUCAAGCUAUCACCCUACGUCCACUACACCUUUCGGGUCACUGCCAUCAACAAAUAUGGCCCUGGGGAACCCAGCCCCAUUUCUGAAGCUGUAGUCACACCUGAGGCAGCCCCAGAGAAGAACCCUGUGGAUGUGAAAGGAGAAGGGAAUGAGACCAACAAUAUGGUCAUCACAUGGAAGCCCCUCCGGUGGAUGGAUUGGAAUGCCCCUCAGGUUCAGUACCGUGUGCAGUGGCGCCCACAGGGCAAGCAGGAAACCUGGAAGGAACAGAUCGUGAGCGACCCCAUCCUGGUGGUGUCCAACACUUCUACUUUUGUGCCUUAUGAGAUCAAAGUCCAGGCAGUCAACAACCAGGGCAAGGGCCCUGAGCCCCAGGUCACCAUUGGCUACUCAGGGGAGGACUAUCCCCAGGCGAGUCCCGAGCUGGAAGACAUCACAAUCUUCAAUUCGAGCACAGUGCUGGUCAGGUGGCGGCCUGUGGACUUGGCCCAGGUCAAGGGUCACCUGAGGGGAUACAACGUGACAUACUGGUGGAAGGGCAGUCAAAGGAAGCAUAGCAAGAGGCAUAUCCACAAAAACCACAUGGUGGUGCCCGCCAAUACCACCAGUGCCAUCAUCAGUGGCUUGCGGCCCUACAGUUCUUACCACGUGGAGGUGCAGGCUUUUAAUGGGCGGGGUUUGGGGCCUGCCAGCGAAUGGACCUUCAGCACCCCAGAGGGAGUGCCUGGCCACCCUGAGGCGUUACACCUGGAGUGCCAGUCGGACACUAGCCUGCUAUUGCACUGGCAGCCGCCACUCAGCCACAAUGGAGUGCUCACUGGCUACCUGCUCUCCUACCACCCCUUGGAUGGGGAAAGCAAGGAGCAGUUAUUCUUCAACCUUUCGGACCCAGAUCUCCGAACUCACAAUCUGACCAACCUCAACCCGGAUCUGCAGUAUCGCUUCCAGCUUCAGGCCACCACCCAGCAGGGCCCUGGUGAGGCCAUUGUGCGUGAAGGAGGCACCAUGGCCUUGUAUGGGAAGCCAGAUUUUGGCAACAUCUCGGCCACAACAGGUGAAAACUACAGUGUUGUAUCCUGGGUCCCUCGGGAGGGCCAGUGUAAUUUCAAGUUCUACAUCUGGUUCAAAGCCCUGCCAGAAGGGAAGGUGAGCCCUGACCGCCAGCUUCAGCCCCAAUAUGUCAGCUACAACCAGAGCUCCUACACACAGUGGGACCUGCAACCUGACACCAAGUAUCAGAUCCAUCUGAUGAAGGAGGACGUGGUUCUGCGCCGAAUGGAUGUGAAGACCAAUGGCACUGGCCCUGUGCAAGUCCCUACUACAAGUAGUUUCGCAUCUGAGGGCUGGUUCAUUGCCUUUGUCAGCGCCAUCAUUCUCUUGCUCCUCAUCCUUCUUAUCCUGUGCUUCAUCAAACGCAGCAAGGGUGGCAAGUAUUCAGUGAAGGACAAGGAGGACACUCAGGUGGACUCUGAGGCCCGGCCCAUGAAAGAUGAGACCUUCGGUGAAUACAGGUCUCUGGAGAGUGACAAUGAGGAGAAAGCCUUUGGCAGCAGCCAGCCAUCUCUCAAUGGAGACAUCAAGCCUCUGGGCAGUGAUGACAGCCUGGCCGAUUAUGGGGGGAGUGUGGAUGUCCAGUUCAAUGAGGAUGGCUCCUUCAUUGGCCAGUACAGUGGCAAGAAAGAGAAGGAGGCAGCAGGAGGCAAUGACAGCUCAGGGGCCACCUCUCCUAUCAACCCUGCAGUGGCCCUAGAAUAGUGAGGUCCAAUCAGGUGAGGCAGGCUGAGCUUGGCCCAGGGCCAGAGGUGCAGGAGAGCCAGAGGCCAAGACACCUGGCUAAUGCACCAAGCCGCUGACCUAGGGAUUGAGGCCCCUCCCUCUUUCCACAGCCUGCCUGUGGGAGGCUUGACUGGGACAGAGGAGAGAAACUGUGGCCUCAAAGUCCCCUUCUUACCACCUGCUACCCUCUUUAUUGCCAAAACCCAGCUGCACCCCUUCCUGGGCAUAUGCUGCUUUGCCCUAGCUCGGGGCAGUUCACCCCCACAUCAGGGAUCUUCAGGUGCUGCCUUGCCAACCUGUUUGGGCAGAGAGGCGGUGGUUUCACGGAGAGGACAGAGGGGUAACCUUCUGCAGCAUCUCUGACAUGCCAUCCUUCUCAUUCCCUGACUGGGAACAGGCAUGGUGGGUCUCCUCAGGACUAGGUUGGCACCUCUUUUUUCUCCAGCCACUUUCUGGAUAGCCUGACAGCCAACAGAACUGUCCCCACCAUCUUCCCCCUUUUCUUUGCCAUUUCUGCUCCAAUCAGGAUGGGUACCUGGGCAAACUGGCCACCAGUGCAAGGGAGGCCAUCUGUAGAGCCCAGAGUGUCCCUUUCCCCACACCAUUAGCACAGUAGGUCCACACCAUUAGCACAAUAGGUCCACACCCCUCUUCCACCAUCAUUCCACCUUUCAGGAGCUCCACAUCCACAUGUUGCACAUGCUGCCUUCGGUACCCACCAGACAACAUCGAGUGGCCUCUGUCACUGCCGGGGGCAGGCAGACCUCCUCCCACAGCUUCUCCCAGCUACCAUCAUAUCCCAGGACCCCUUAGCAACCCUGCCUGCCCCCAGUUCUUGUCCUCAGCCCCCUCCCCGUCCCCCACCUUGGGAAUGUAAAUACACCGUGACUUUGAAAGUUUGUGCCCUUGCCCUUUCCCCAUAUGCCACUAGUGUGUAGGCAGAUGUCUGAGUCUCUAGGUGGUUUCUCGGUUUUAUAGCAGUUAGCUUUGAUGAUCCCACCCCAGGAAAAAUAAAAACAGACAAAAAAGGAAAAAAAAAAGCAAAGAUUGGUUUUCCCAGCACUGCUGUGUGCUUGCUCAGCAGCUGUGGCCUCCCUGUAUGCCUUUGCUUGGUCUGUUGAUGAACCCUCUACAAAACACAAAAGUAUAUAUAUAUAUGUACAUAGUAUCAGAAUUAUAACAGGCAAAUAAAAACCUGGAAAUGAA